AUGGCGAUGGAGUCAGCCUCGGCGUCGGCUCCGGGGGUUGUUGCCAUGGAGAUUCCGGUGCGAGGUGCGCUCCCGGUGGUGGAGGAGGACGAGGGCUUCAGCGCGCCGCCGCCGGGGUCCGAGGAGCGACUACGGUACCGUCGAGGUGGAGGGAGACGGCGGAGAGGGGUGCCGUUCAACCGGGGCAGCUACUACAUGCUGAUAGUGAUCGGGGAGAUCAGCACCGAGCACCAGCUGGACGCCGCCAGAGCGCAGAUAGAGCGGGGAAUUCGAUCCUGGGACGUGGACCUCCAGUGCUGCGACCUUGACCAGCAGCUGCAGCUGUUUAUAACCCGCCACUCCGCCCAUUUCUCCUCCGAGGUCAGAGGACAAAGGACUCUCCACCACAGAAGUGAUGUCCUAGAGACUGUGGUGCUUGUCAACCCUUCAGAAGACACCGUUGUAUCAGAGAUCCAGUCUCUAGUCACAGACUCAGCAGGACACAAGCUUCUGGUCUUGAGCGGCCAGAGCUCAGAUCACGGUGGCCUUCUUCUUCAAACUGGGGUUUUCACCUACCAGACCUUUUCACGUGUCUUUACUGAUCCCGGGGUCAGUGAAUUACUGGGCACAACAGCCCCCAAGCAGCAGGCUACACUUACUGUGUCCUGCCGCGGGGAGGUGGGCUGGAGCUCCCUGGGACAGCAGCAGACCCUACGGGAGUUCCUGGAAUACAGACUAAACCCUGAACCUGUUCUCCGCAAGAUGGAGGGCGUCACCGAGUUCACAGAGUACAUCUCUGAGACGGUUGACGUCCCUUCACCUUUUGACCUCCUGGAGCCUCCCACAUCCGGAGGCUUCCUGAAACUGUCCAAGCCAUGUUGCUACAUCUUUCCUGGUGGACGAGGAGACUCAGCUCUCUUCGCUGUGAAUGGCUUCAACAUCUUAGUGGAUGGAGGCUCUGAACGAAAAUCCUGUUUCUGGAAGCUUGUCCGUCACUUGGACCGCAUUGACUCAAUUCUACUAACACACAUCGGCGCUGACAAUCUCCCAGGUAUCAAUGGGCUUCUUCAGAGGAAGAUAGCAGAACAGGAGGAGGAGCAGUCUCAAGGCUCCACCAACUAUAGCGACUGGAUGAAGAAUCUGAUAUCCCCUGAACUGGGUGUAGUCUUCUUCAAUGUACCAGAGAAGCUCCGUAUGCCAGAAUCUAAUCUCAAAGUGAAACGCAGCAUCGAAGAGGCCUCGCUUACUCUGCAGUACCUUAACAAACUAGGAAUCAAACCAGAGCCUCUCUUUCGAGUGGUCAGCAACACUAUUGAGCCCAUAACUCUGUUCCACAAGAUGGGAGUGGGCAGGUUAGACAUGUAUAUUCUCAACCCCGUCAAAGACAGUAAAGAGAUGCAAUUUUUAAUGCAGAAGUGGGCUGGCAACAGCAAGGCCAAAACUGGCAUUGUGCUGCCCAACGGGAAAGAAGGAGAAAUAUCUGUGCCCUACCUGACAUCAGUUACAGCCUUAGUCGUCUGGCUCCCUGCCAACCCUGCAGAAAAGAUCGUCAGAGUGCUGUUCCCUGGAAAUGCACCACAAAACAAGAUCCUGGAGGGGCUAGAAAAAUUAAAGCACCUUGACUUCUUGCGCUAUCCUGUAGCCACACAAAAGGACAUUGCCUCAGGAGCUCCUCCCUCUGUCAUUAAACAAACCAAGUUAAAACAAAGAACAGAUAGUAAAGAGAGUCUUAAAUCCUCCCCUAAGACUACUGCAAAGACAACAAAGAAAGAAAGUGAGGGACAAGAUGAUGUGUCAGCUGCCACAGAGGCUAAGAGUGACUCUGUGAAAGAAAAUAUAUCAGAGAAAAAAGAGGAGAAAAAGCCGACCAAGACCAUAAAAUCUAAAACUGAUGUGCCAGAAAAGAAAAAACUCUUGAAAGAAAAAUCCUUAAAAAAGCACUCGAAGGAAAGGGUGUCAAAAAUGGAUGAGAAAAAGGACAAGGAAAAGAAAGAGAUCAAGAAAGUAAAGAAAGAUGACUCUGCUAAAAAAGAUGAGAAGAAAGAUGUUAAAUCCAAAGAGGACAAAAAGAAGGACACAUCCAAACCUGAGCUGAGAAAAAUCACAAAGCCUGACCUAAAACCACUGACACCAGAGGUCAGAAAGACAUUACAUAAAGCUAAAGUGUCAAGUAAAGCCAAAACUGGAAAAAUCAAAGCAGCAAAGGCUGAACCCAAACCAGAGGAGCCAAAAAAAGUUAUUCAACCAGAACCGAUCGAGAAUGGAGCCGUUGAGGGCACGUCUGCUCCCUCCACACCUGAAGACCUCACCAAGGAUUUUGAAGAACUAAAAAAAGCUGAGGUUGUAGCUGUAUCAGCAGAACCACCAGACAGUGCUGAAGUUUCACUCGAGCCUCCAGCACAAGAGAAGGAGGAGGAGGCGGAAGAAGAAACUCCUGAAAUUCCAGCUGUCACAGAGUCUCCUGAAAAGGAGGUAACACCCCCAGAGGUGAAAGAUGAAGACAAAGACAAGGAAUCGACACAAGACAGAGAAUUAGAAGAGGCCCAAAAGUUUGAGGAUGAGGGAGCAGCAACUCAGGAUGAGGAAGAGGAGGAAGAAGAGGCCCCAGCUGCUGAAAAGAAAACAGAAGCGGAGGAGGAAGAAGAGGAUAUGGGAAUAGAGGAAGAAGAGGAGGAGGAGGCCGUGGAAAAAGCUGAACUGGAAGAGGUUGAAGAUUUAGAUGUAAUAGCAGAUGAAGAGAUCAAAGUCAAACCUGAAGAUGCUGUUGAAGAACAAUUGGUCUCUGAAAGUGCCACAGCUCCCAUAACCUCAGUAGCUCAAGGGGCCGCUGCAGCUGAGCCAGUCUCCUAUAUCCAAGACGAAACCAUACCUGGUUACUCUGAGACAGAACAGACUAUCUCUGACGAAGAGAUCCAUGAAGAGGCAGAAGAGAGGAUACCACACCUUCAAUAUGAUGUUGGUGCCUACGACAUCUCUGUUCCAGACCAGACUGAAUCAUUUGUAAACAUUCACGGCAUGCGGGAGAUGCAAGCUGCAGCAAUGACCGAGAAAGGGUUUAUUCCAGCUGUGCAGGAGCAAGUAUCUGUGUUCACCAACAUCAUCACUGCUCCUCUGGCAGAAGAGGAACAUGUGUCUUCUGCAACAUCCAUCACAGAGUAUGACAAAAUGUCCUCCUUCCCUACUUCUAUUGCUGAAGAUCAAUCUGUGGCAUCCGUCACAGCACCUCAGGCUGAGGAACCACCCAAAACUCCUGUUCCCCUGCCAACCCCACCGGACGCUUCACAAGGCAAAGAGCUUCCACUCUCUGCAGGAACUCUUUCACCGCCUUCUUUAGAAGAUGACAAACAAAUCAAGUCUCCAUCGGAUGAGGUACAGCUUCCUGUUACAGAAGUGAAGACGGAGGCUAAAGCUCCUGUUGCUCACAAUGUGGAGGAAGAAGAAGAAGAGGAGGAAGAAGACCAAACUCCUAAUGUUGACAUUUCACUUGAGAAACUCCAAGAAAGCUAUGCUUCAUCCCAAAUAUUACAAGAUAAAGAGAGAGACAUCGAAAAGCUUGCUAGCUCAGUGUCUCCUGUUUCAACGUCUAUACCAGACACCAAACCAGUCCACCUGCCAGUUGAAGAGGAAAAUAUAGAUGCAGUUGCACCUAAAGAUAUUUCAUCUGUUGUGCCUACCAGACCUUUUGGAUCAGACUCAGUAACUUCAGAGAGUGAGGAGCGUUGCUUCAGUCCGGAUGAUAUCACUGUGAAGAUGGCCUCCCCUCCACAGUCUGGACCCUCAAGUGCAGCUCACUCUCCAAUUCGUCAGUCACCAGUGGAAGACAAGAUGAAGGUUUUCCCUGAUUUGGAGUUGCAAAAGCAAGAGGAGCUCCCUGAUGUCGUCACUAAAACUGAAGACAAAACCACAAAGAAAGAUGAAGCAGCUGAGACACAAAAAGAUGUGGACAGACAGGAAGCAGAUCAGCAUGAAGUAGCCGUUGCAACAUCUUUGGACAAAACAUUUGAAAAGGACAUCAAAGAGGUUCCAGUGAUGAAGGAGCCAGAAAAAGACAUUUCACUAGUGCCAAAAGAUGAAGACAAACAGGCAGAAACAGUCCCUGUUGUUGCUGCAUCUUUAACGGACGUUCAGUCACCCAUGUCAGGGAGGGAUUCCCCCAUCUCAUCUGGACAACGUGAUGAAGAUGGUGACGUUGGGCUCAAAGAUAAAGAACCUAAAGUGCCUGUUGCAGGUAAAUUUACAGAGAGGGAGAGUCGUUUCUUAGAUGAUGACGAUGAUGAGAACAAGAAAGACGAUGAUGACGGUCAUGAUGAUAAAUCUGCAGUUGAAAUCGUCAAGGCGGAACUGGAGAAAGAAAAGGAUGACACCUCUGAUGUCAAACAAAUCAAGGACGAGCAGAAACAGGAAUCUGUCAUUGUAGAAGACAUUUCUGCAAUCAAGUCCAUCGUGGAUGAGAAAGAGGCGGUAAAGGAUGAUACCUCCGAUAUUAAACCUGUCAAAGAAGAGCAAAUUGCAAAGGACACGGUCAUCAGUACAGAUGAACAAAAAGAGCCUGAAAAAGACCACACUCCUGAAGUCAAAACUACUAAAGAGGCAGAGAUAGAUUUUGUUGCUUCUGAGGCCAUCAAAGACGAGCAGAAGCAGGAAGAUACAAAACAAGAUGAUGAUUUUGACCUCAAAGCCAAAGGUGAAGUAAAGGAGACGGAAGUUAAGAAGGAUGAUGUGUCUGAUAGCAAGAUUUUGAAAGAGGAUGAGAAAAAAGAGACAGAAAAGGUUGAUACGUUUGAUAUUAGCUCAAUAAAGACUGAAGAGAAAGAGAUCAAAAAGGUCCAAGAUGCAGAUAUCAAACCUUUUAAAGAGGAGAAGAAAGAGGAAGAAAAGGUUGAUACUUUUGAUAUUAGCCCUAUAAAGACUGAAGAGAAAGAGAUUGAAAAGGUCCAUGCCACAGAUAUCGAGCCUGCUAAAGAGGAGGAGAAGAAAGAAACAGAAAAGGUUGAUACUUUUGAUAUUAGCCCUAUAAAGACUGAAGAAAAAGAGGUCGAAAAGGUCCAAGAUGCAGAUAUCAAGCCUGUUAAAGAGGAGAAGAAAGAAGAAGAAAAGGUUGAUACUAUUGAUAUUAGCCCUAUAAAGACUGAAGAGAAAGAGGUCGAAAAGGUCCAAGAUGCAGAUAUCAAGCCUGUUAAAGAAGAGAUGGAGAAAGAGGCAAAGAAGGACGAUAUGGCCAUUAUUGAGCCAACUAAAGAUGAGGAGAGGACAAAAGAGACAGAAAUAUCUGACAUCAAAGUGAUUGAAGAUAAGAAAGAGGAGGAAGAGAUGAAGAUAGAUGUUUCUGCUACCAAGCCCUUCACAGAUGAGCAGAAGGAAAAGGAGAAAGAGGUGGGUGAAAUCACUGUUGCCGAACUCACCAAAGAAGAAGAAAUUAUUGGUAAAGAUGAUACAUCUGCUGUUACCAUGAAAGAAGAAAAAGGGCAAGAGAUUUGUAAAGAUGUUAUCUCAACCAUCAGCCUCACCACGGUGGAGGAAAAGGAUGCAACAGAGAGUAAAGACGAGAUUCUUGUUGCCAAGCCAACCACAGAUCAAGAGACAGAGGAAGAGACAAGUAAAGAUGAUAGCUUGGACACCAAACUUUCCAAGGAGCAGGAAAAAGAUAUGACAGCAAGCAAGGAUGAUGCUCUGGCCUUCAAACCUACAACAGAAGAAGAAAAGAAGGAUGACAUAAGUAAAGAUGAUACUGCUGCUAUAAAACUUACCAAAGAAGAGGAAAAAGAUGAACUGCCAAGCAAGGAAGAUACUUCUCCUGUUAAACCAGUUGGAGAAGAAAAGGAAGAACAGGAAAGUAAAGAUGAUACUGUGACCACCAAGCUUACUAAGAUGGAGGAAGAGCAUGUACUAGUAUGUAAAGAUGAUGAUUCCUCUGCCACAACAACUAAGCUAGAAGCGAAAGAAACACUUAAGGAUGCUGCCAAACCAGUCAUGGAAGAAGAAAAAGAGCAAGAGACAAGUAAAGAUAAAGAUGUCACCUCUCCUGUCAAACCUGCUAUGAUGGAGGAAGAAGAUGUAAUAAUUUCCACUGUCAAAACAUCCAAGGACGAAACAAGUACAAAGGUUGACAUCUUUGUUGCUAAACCCACCAUGCAAGAUGAAAAAGAGAAAGAUAUCAGUAAAGACAUUUGUGCUGUCAAAUCAAUAGAAGAAGAAAAGGAGAAAGCAGUGGAUGAGGAGGACAGCUUAACUGUCAAACCAUCUGAGGAAGAAGAAGUGACAAUGCAGGAUCACAGUUCUGAUAUCAAACCUGUAAAGGAGGAAAAAGAUACAGAGGAAAAAGAUACAGACGCAAUUAAGGAAGAAACUUCUGAUAUCAAACCCGUAAAGGAGGAAAAAGAUACAGUAACAAUUCAGGAAGAAACUUCUGAUAUCAAACCUGUAAAAGAGGAAAAAGAUACAGACGCAAUUAAGGAAGAAGUGUCUGAUAUCAAACCUGUAAAGGAGGAAAAGGAUACAGUGACAAUUAAGGAGGAAACUUCUGAUAUCAAACCUGUAAAGGAGGAAAAAGAUACAGACACAAUUAAGGAAGAAACUUCUGAUAUCAAACCUGUAAAGGUGGAAAAAGAUACAGACACAAUUAAGGAGGAAGUGUCUGAUAUCAAACCUGUAAAGGAGGAAAAAGAUACAGUAACAAUUCAGGAAGAAGUGUCUGAUAUCAAACCUGUAAAGGAGGAAAAAGAUACAGUAACAAUUCAGGAAGAAGUGUCUGAUAUCAAACCUGUAAAGGAGGAAAAAGAUACAGUAACAAUUCAGGAAGAAGUGUCUGAUAUCAAACCUGUAAAGGAGGAAAAAGAUACAGUAACAAUUCAGGAAGAAGUGUCUGAUAUCAAACCUGUAAAGGAGGAAAAAGAUACAGUAACAAUUAAGGAAGAAACUUCUGAUAUUGAACCUGUCAAGGAGGAAAAAGAUACAGUAACAAUUAAGGAAGAAACAUCUGAUAUCAAACCUGUAAAGGAGGAAAAAGAUACAGUAACAAUUCAAGAUCACAGUGCUGAUAUCACACCUGUAAAGGUGGAAAAAGAUACUGACACAAUUAAGGAAGAAGUGUCUGAUAUCAAACUUGUAAAGGAGGAAAAAGAUACUGACACAAUUAAGGAAGAAGUGUCUGAUAUCAAGCCUGUAAAGGAGGAAAAAGAUACUGACACAAUUAAGGAAGAAGUGUCUGAUAUCAAGCCUGUAAAGGAGGAAAAAGAUACUGACACAAUUAAGGAAGAAGUGUCUGAUAUCAAGCCUGUAAAGGAGGAAAAAGAUACAGUAACAAUUAAGGAAGAAACUUCUGAUAUCAAACCUCUAAAGGAAGAAAAAGAUACAGUAACAAUUAAGGAAGAAGUGUCUGAUAUCAAACCUGUAAAGGAGGAAAAAGAUACAGUGACAAUUAAGGAGGAAACUUCUGAUAUCAAGCCUGUAAAGGAGGAAAAAGAUACAGUAACAAUUAAGGAAGAAGUGUCUGAUAUCAAACCUGUAAAGGAGGAAAAAGAUACAGUAACAAUUAAGGAAGAAACUUCUGAUGUCAAACCUGUAAAGGAGGAAAAAGAUACAGACGCAAUUAAGGAAGAAACUUCUGAUGUCAAACCUGUAAAGGAGGAAAGCAAAGACAUUGCUGGUCUAAAACCCCUCACAGAUGAGGAGAAGAAGACAGAGUUGAAAGAAGUUACAUCUGAAGCAAAACUCAUCAAGGAGGCAAAAGAAACACCAAAAGAGGAAACUCAUGAUACAGAGUCCAAGGUUAAAGAAGAGGAAAUGGAAAAAGAAAAGAGUGAUACCUCUGAUCUUGUGUCCGUUAAGGAAAAGGACAUUGUUGAUACUUCUGUCAAAGAUGACAAAGAGGAUAAAGAAACUGAAAAGGAUGACAAGAAGAAAGAGAAAGAAACAGAUGUCACUGUUGAGCAACCUAAAGAUGUGAAAGAGAAAGAGCCAUCUAAAGUUGAAACCACCGAGGAGGAAAUGAAAGAUGCCAUCAAACAGGACAGUUGUGACGCUGAAUCUAUCAAACGGGAGACAGAGAAGGAGAUGGACACUCUAACAUUUAGCACCAAAGAUGAGGAAAAAGAGAAACAUGAUUUCCCUUUUGAGUUUGAACCCAAGACGGAUGAUAAAAAAGAGGAAGAUCUUCCAAUGGCUCAGUCCUUUGAAGAAGAGAAGACUAAAAUGGAUGAUAUCUGUGAUAGCGAUAAGCAUAUAUAUGAAGAAACUUCUGAUAAACUUCCUGGAGCUCAAACAGAAAAGGACACUUUUGAUGCUGCAUCAUUUGAAACGCAGCAAGACUCUUCUGUAACACCAUCGAGUGACGACCUGAAACCAGCAAAAGAUGACAUUUCUGUGUCUCCCCAUGACACCCAGGAGGAGAAAAAAGAACAAGAUAAAGAAGCAAAGGUCAUUAUUAGUCAAGAAGAGAAGAUGGAGAAAGAAAAAGAUGAUGCACAUGUUGCUGAACUGAGCAAAGAACAGAAAAUGGAGAAAGAACAAGAAAAAGAAUACAGCUAUGAGACUGAAGACAUCAAAGAUGAAAAGACCAAACCAGCAGAAGAUGAAAAGAUAAUUAAAGAAAAGGAUGUCUCUGAGAAAAAGGGAGAUGAGAUCACAGAGAAGGAAAAGUCUGACUCCUCUGAUGCAGACCACACCAAAGAGGAGAAAUGGGAGAGAGAGGAGUUACAGGAGAAAGACCAGGACAAAACCAUUAAACAACUUGCACAGACAAUAUCAGGAGAAGCAGUGGCCCCCAAGUCAGAUUUCAAGCCUGCAUUUGUGGUUCAGUCCUCAGAUGAAGACAGAGAAGAUGACGAGGAGGAGGACAUCUGUAUGGGAGGAGCAGGCUCCAGACCUUUGUCGGUGGAGCCGAGAAAAUCAGACCAUGACAUCUCUGCAGGUCUGCCUUUAUCCGAAACUGCACAGAGAAGUGAACAAACUAAACCACCAAUAUCGGAACAGACCUCAAUGAUCAUUCCUACACUUACAAUGCAGGAGCCCUCUAUUGAUGAAGACUUCAAAGAGUCCGGCAAAGAAGAGUCCAGAAUUUCACCUCAGGCAGACAAAGAUGUUGUGAAAACAGAUGCCACACCUGCACCUCUUGCCAAGCCAGAGCCGUCCGUUGACAUUGUCACAUCAAAAGAGGAGACGACCUCUAUUCCAAAACAAGAACCAGCUUCUGAUGUCCUGAGUUCUAAAGCAGAAUCGGUGUUGGACUCAACUGAGAAAAAACCUGCUUUGUCAACAUUAUCAAGCACAGAAAGUCAAGCCAGGAGCUGUACACUUUCGAGCACUGAGAGCCAGUCCAGUGUGGAGGGACCACCACAACAAGAGAAGAAGAUACCGUCUCAGACAAGCCCAGGAGUUAUCGCCACAGAAAAGACAAAGCCAGAAGAGAAACCAGGUAAGGAAGCGGAGAGGGAGAUGGAAGGAGAACGAGAGGUGGCUUCUCCAGGAUUUUCACGGCCUUGCUCGUAUUUUACAUUGGACAAAGAUUCAGAGGACGCUGGACACACUGAUGCUGUAAAAUCAGAUGCUCCAAAAAUGGACAGUGAAAUAAUGACCUCAGAGAAGGAGACAAUCAGUGGAAGCCUACAAGACGAAAAACAAACAUUUGGUGCGUCCAAGUAUGAUCCGUAUGAAAAGCCCAUCCCAAAAGAUCAUGACUCGGACUCUAGAGAAGAGAGUGAGGUUUCCUUAGGUUUUGAUCACACCUCUGAUAUCGGUAUUGAUGAUAACAGAAGAACCAGCCAGUCCGAAGCUGGAGGAGCCAUGUUCCUCCUUGACGAUCAAUACAAAGAAGAGCCUUUAUCCUUCAGCAGAGUUGACUACAGCCCGGUGUCCCUCACAGAGAGCGAAAGAAGCAGCCACCACAGUCGAAACAUGCAAGACAACAAAAUGUCCCAAGCUGCUGAGUCGUAUUCUUUCACUCCUAAAGAGGACAAACCUGAGAAAUCGGAGAAAGAGAAAGAAGACAUGAAGGAAGGUGCUGUGGCAGCUGUUCAACCAGGGGCAACCGGAGAAACAUCUAAAGUCACAGAUGCAGACAAGCAGGACGUAAGUAAACAACCUCCAUCUCCUGACGCGAAACCACUCAAAGAAGAGGAUACGACUGGUGAAACGGCUACAGCCAAACCUCCUGAGACAAAAAGUGAAGAUGUAGGCAAAACAACUCCAUCUCCAGACUUAAGUGCUCACAAAAUGGACAAAAUCUUUGUUGCUACAGCAGAUGUCCCAAAACUUCCUGACACGAAGAAAACAGAAGAUACAGACGAAAAGCAUUUGUCCCCCGAACCAACCACAAAGAGAAGGUUGUCAUCGGCAGAGGACACAACCUCCUCUGAGGUACUACAGCCAAAAGAAGGAGAUGAAGACAAAGGGUCUCGAUCUCCAAGCGUUUUGACAGAGGAAACUUAUCAACCAACAUCAACAAGCAGCUUGACAGGCAGCUCUUUGCCACCUGAUCAUUCAGAGCCCAAGCCUACAUCUAGUCCCUCACCUCUGCUAGCAGGCAGCUACGCUGAUAUCGGACAGAGCAGGUCUGGAGAUUGCUCUGAAUAUCUUUACAGUGAGGAAAGUAAAGUAGAACUGAAGGAGGAUAAGAAAGAAACACCCGUACUCUCAGAUGCCUCCCAGCUAUCCAAGCUAAGUGAUGAUAAAUAUCACAGCCAAAGAGACAUCCAAGAGGAAAGUGUAGACCAGAGGCAGACCUCAGAUAUCACUGCAAAACACAAGGAAUCUUCUUCAUCAUCUUGCACAUACACCACCUUAACAUACUCUACGUCAACAUACUCCUCCACAUCGUAUAGUUACUCAUCCUCAGCCUCAACUUCUGCCCCUUUGAGCCAACACUUUGGAGACAAAGUUGAAACCUUCGCAACAUUAUCAAGCUCUGACAUACCUCUAGUCAAAGAGGAGUCAUCCUUCCCGAAAGCGUCUACAAGCUCCUGCUUUGGAGGAUUUCAGAGAGAUGAGUACAUGGAGGUGACAACGAAACCUGCAACAAAAGUGUCUUUACUCAGUCAGUUUGAGGAGACCAAACCAUCAUCUCCAGUCCUGCCUCCCACUGCCAAACAGACUGAGGAUCAAAGUGGCUCUGCAAAGCCCGAAACGGACACAAAGUCGAGCAUUGAUAGUUUUUAUAUGCUAGAAACAAAGAUUACAACAUCCACCACAGCACCAUCUCUACAACAAACUGAACCCCUAAAGGUACCAGAGAGUUUAUCCACAUCAGAGGCUCACUUUGAUGUCUCUCCUCUCCAAAGGGCUGACUCCUCUGACAGGGAGUCCCAAGGGUCAGCAGAAGACGAGGAGCCUGAUACACUUGAACUGGAGGACAGCACCCUACCAUGUCGUAUUGAAUGUCAAAAAAUCAAAGUGACUGAGCAAAAAGAGACUUUUUCAUCAAUAACUGAGUCGUAUGUGGUAGACAGUUCCACACAUGCCACAGAGACAAAGACUGUCACCAUCACCUCGACCACUGUUGUGUCUAAACCUGAUGAGGUGUCACAAACAACUCAACAGACAGCCUCAUUUACUCCACUGAGUGACAGUGGAGCUAGCAAAACCUCAUGUGCCAUAACAGACUUGUCCAAAACAGAAGAGGAUAAAGAGAAGAAGGGGAAGAAAACCUCAGAGGCAAAAGAAGAAAAGACGAGUGGAGCUAUCGCACCUUUGAAGGAAGAUGGAAAGGUGGCAGAAAAAGAAACAAGUGAAAAAGAUGAAAAGACAGAGAUUGCUAAAAAAGACGCUGAAGUCAAGCAGAAAACAGAGGUAAAGAAACUAGAAGAAAAGACGUGUAAAGACAGCACAGACAAGAAGAAAGCUACAACUGGUCCAAAGACGUGUGAAAAAGCAGAAGAUGGGAAGGGAAGAGAGGCGGAACGAGCCGAGGAGAAAAGCCUGUUGGAUAAGCCACCAGAGAGAUUAGAAAGUAGAAGGAAGAGCAGUAUAUCCGAUUGGGAGCUACUGCAGAGGCCUGAUGAUUGCCCAAGUGCCCCUCCUCCGGGUUAUGGUGAUGAUGAUGAUGAUGAUGAGGAAGAGGAGGCAAUGGAAGCGAUGGAAUGGAUGACCAGUGUCCACGGUACAUCUGUGUCCUCUUCUACGGACACCUAUCACACAGAAACAUCGAGUAAAGGAGACAUGAAGGCUGAUCGUCCCUCUGACUUGAACACCGGUGCCACCUCCUCCUCUGCCUCGCCUCCAGGUUACUCCUCCUGCGAAUAUAAACAUCGCAAAGGAGAACUUUCUCCGUCUUUCAUCAACCCCAGUCCUCAUCAGCUCUCAAGUGACGAGGGCGAAGACGACGGCCGCAGUGACCACUUCCAGGACGGAGAUGAGGAUGAUCAGGAACAGCACUCUGUGAAAAGGAGGUCGCACAAGCAGAGGCACCACCAUGCUCAGAGUUACCAUGGAGAUGCUGGGCAGGGGCCACACCAGCUGCCAGGGGCCAUGUCAUCUGGUUUGGCUGUGACGUUAGCUGGAGAGGAAACGCCUCCGACAUCAGUGAGCGAGUCGUUGCCGUCACAGUCGGACUCUGACGUCCCCCCAGAAACCGAGGAGUGUCCGUCCAUAACAGCUGAAGGAAAUCUGGACUCAGAUGAAGACGCUGAACAUCUGCCAGUGGACAAAUCUGCAUUUGGAGCUGGAGGUGCCCACCAUCCUCCAUCACCUAGAUCAGCACAGAGGACUCAUGAUCCCCUCCCCACCCCGAUGAAGGACCCUCAUCCUCAUCCUCCCCACCCAGAUGUGUGCAUGGUGGAUCCAGAGGCUCUUCUCAAUGACCACAGCAGCACAGAGAAACUUCUCAAGAAGGAGCACAAGACCACCAAGGGCCUCAGAAAGGGCAAACCCAAGUCGUCCUCCCCUGCUCGUAAGGGAGAAGUCAGGAAGAGGUCCUCGACUCCAGUGAAGCAGACUAAGGACUCCGCCUCACCACGAUCUGCCUCCCUCAGGAGGAAGGACACGGACAGAAGCUCCAGGCUGAUCAAGAUGUCUGAGACUCAAGGCUCCAGGAGUGAGAUCCUCAAUCCAGGGAAAGGCUUGGUCAAUGGUGUCAAGAGCAGUUCAGGUAACAACGCACAGAAAACAAGUUCAGCCGUCCCUCCUGGACCACCCGUCUAUGUCGACCUGGCCUAUGUGCCCAACCACUGCAGUGCCAAGAACGUGGAUCAGGAGUUCUUCAAGAGAGUGCGAGCCGCGUACUACGUGGUGAGCGGGAACGACCCGGGCAGUGGAGAGCCCAGUCGUGGAGUACUAGACGCCCUGCUGGAGGGCAAAGCUCAGUGGGGCUCCAAUUUACAGGUGACUCUGAUCCCGACCCACGACACAGAGGUGACCCGCGAGUGGUACCAACAGACCCACGAGAGGCAGCAGGACCUGAACAUCAUGGUUCUGGCCUCCAGCAGCACCGUAGUCAUGCAGGACGAGUCCUUCCCUGCCUGCAAGAUCGAGUUCUGAGCUUCAUGAGCCCCACUGUGCUCCCCACCCCUCCCAUCCUCCCCCUCCCUGUCAUCUGCU